AUGCAAGUUCUUCGUCAACUUCCACAUCAUCAACUCGCACCAUCUCCGUCUUCUUCUUGUGAUAUCAAAUCUAUUUAUGCUGCCGAAAAAGUCCGUGAAGCUAUUCGUGAUCAUGAACAGACGAUUGCCACAUCUACAGCACCAAAGAACAAAGCAAAAAUAGUCGUUCUUGGAGAUUCUGGUGUUGGAAAGACUUCUAUUAUUUAUCGUCAUCGUUAUGGAGCACACUAUCGUCCAGUGAAUGCAACAAUUGGAGCUUCUUUCGUCUCCUUCGAUGUUGGUUCUGACAGAGAUGAGAUGGUUCGUCUCCAAGUUUGGGAUACUGCUGGUCAGGAAAGAUUCCGAUGUAUGGUUCCAAUGUAUAUGAGAAAUGCUGAUGCUGCUUUGAUUGUCUACGAUGUAACCGAUCGAAACACAUUCGAGGAUGUUGAGAAAUGGUUGAAAGAUCUGGAUAGAUCGAGUGGAACAGAGGAAGCGAAUGUGUUCCUGAUAGGAAAUAAAACAGAUCUUGUUGAGAAAAGAGAAGUUUCUGAAGCUGAAGGAAGAGCAAUGGCAGCAAAGAUCAAUGCAAAGUAUUUUGAACUUUCAAAUGAUGAACCUAAUUUAUUUGCUGCAAUUCUAUCUGAAUUAGCUGAAGAUGUACUUCAAAGUCGUCAACAAACAUCGGAAAAGAAGCAAGAAGUAUGCUCCAUUCGAAAGGAAAAAGUUGCCCUCGGAGAAGAUAAAUUCGAGGAAAAUCCAAAUAUCCAACUGAAAACCCGAAAAUCCAAAUGUUGUUCAAUGCUAUAA